CUCAAUUUUCUUGUGUGCUUUUCAAUUUGGCUGCAUUUUCUGAUUGUGGUUCUCUGUCAGAGGAGUUGUUUCGACUUGUGUUGUGAUUGAAUUUGAUUCGCCACAGCGCAGGGUGACAGUCUAGCAUGGGAUUUUAAACUUGGCUGUAGAAACUGGAAAGGAAGGUGGUUGUUUUUGGCGCAACCAGGACUUGACCACAUCAGCGCUGAGUGUUUAUUAGAGUAUCUCGAUGUGUUGGCGGACUGAGCGCUUGUGAAUCUGUACUUAAGUGGAACUGAUCGGCUGCGCGAUGCUGUCGACGCUGUUCCCCCGCUGCCUGGUCGUCCUGCGCUCCUGUCGGUACCUGCCGCCCCGGGGAGCCAUCCCGCAGCGCGCAGCGAGCACCGCGGUGGGCCGGCCCGAGCCCCUGAAAACGGUACCCCGUCACGAUGCCGUCAGUCCUAAAGGGACGCACGCCCGCGCCAUGGAGGGCCCCCACCUGGCCGACUACGACCUGGACGAUGUGUGGCAGUGGCAGCCCGCCAGCCCCAAGUGCGCCCUCCCCGCCAAACCCAACCCCCCGACCAGUACCCCCCAGAACGCCCUCCCCCGCUGUCCCCCGGCGCACCGCUGCCCCCGGCGGGGGACGCUGGCCCCGCGGCCGAAGGCGACCGGGGGCUGCUGCAGCAGAUGGAGGAGGAGGCAGCGGCGGCGCCCCUGGACCCGGGGGUGCUGGGAGAGGAGGCGCCGGCCAGCGUGCCGCGGGCCAGGGACCGCCUGCUGCAGCGCAUUCACGAGGCGCGUGAUUUCGAGGGGAUGAUGCGCGUGGUGGAGCGGGACGCUGGCGCUAUGGCGGCCCAUCAUCUGAUGGCGGUGGUUAAUUGUAUCGUGGAUCAACUGCAAGCCAACGGGGCGCUGGAUGAGCAGCUACGGGACGCGAUGCACGCCGAUGGGCGCUUCCGGUUGCUGCUGACGCAGCUGGUCCGCCGUCACCGCCAGCUGAGCGCGAAGGAUGUGGUGACGGUAGUGCAGAUGCUGCAGUAUGCGCGGGUGCCGGACACCAGUCGCGUCCAUCUCUUCUUCCUGCAGCGCCUGCACGACGGCCUGGACGAGGUCAGUUUCGGCACGCUGCUCUUCGCUGGCCAGAUGCUGCUGCGCUAUCCCGCUACCGGCAACACACUCGUCAACGGUCUGCGCGCCGCCAUCCCGGGGGCGUUCGAGGGGCGGUUAGCCGGCGAGCUGGACACCGACAGCAUUCAGGACAUGUCGCGCGCCCUGAGCGUCGUGGCCAACUACCGUGACCACAUCCGCCAGCCGGCGUGUCAGCCGCUGUACGACGCCCUUAACCGCUGGGUGCACCACCACGAGACUGAUCCCGCGCUGCCGACAGUGCUGCCGCCCCACGCGGCCGCCGAGCUGUUGAUCCGCAUGGAACGCGCCGCCUAUCUCAGCCAUCCCGUCGUCGACAUGGUCCUCCAGCUCCUCGGCAACAGCCACGCCCGUUCCGUCCGUCCGGAGACGAUGCGAAAGUUGUUCCAGAGUGUGCGGAAUUUACGUCGCAAAUACCCGGCGGAAUUCCCACCCGCGCACCGCCUCCACGCCCUGGAAACGGAGAUGACCGCGAGCCUGCCCGACGCCACCACCGGACGUUAAUCGGACUCAGUGUGAUUGUUUUUAUUUCUCCUUUGUAUAGAACGAUGUUUCUGCAUACUUUGUUAUUGCUUCGCGAGAAUAAAUACACUUUAAUACAGAAAAUAAUAUUUAGAUAAAGAGUAAAUUAAUGUGCUAAUAAACGGAUAGUAAAUAAAUAAAUGAAUGUACAAAUUAAUAAAUGAAUCCAUC